AUGCAAUUCUCGCGGAUUCUCGAGGGCGUAGUGUUUGCGAUUAGCGGAGUGGCGAAUCCGGAGCGCGCCGAGCUGCGCGGGAAGGCGAUGGAGAUGGGCGCGCGGUACCGGCCGGACUGGACGCCGGAUUGCACCCUGCUCGUCGCCGCGUUUCCCGGCACGCCGAAAGUCAGAUCCGUGACUGCCGAUGACGGCACGAUUGUUUAUAAGAGGUGGGUGGAGCAGUGCUACAGUAAUCGCCGCCUUAUGAGCAUCUCCCCCCACCUCUUGCAUCUCGGGCGGCCGUGGCGCCAAGGCGGGCCGGCAGACAGGGACGUGGAGGACGGCGGCGGGCGGCGCAGACGAAUCGUGCCGGCCAGAGAUCCGGGGCAAAGGGGGAGGGAUGGGGGGAGGGGGCGGGGAGGGCGAGGGGACACGGGGAGAGCUGGGGGGAGGGGAGACGGGCAGGGGGGUGACAGGUUGGGAGGUCAUGAUACGGGAAUGGGGCGUGGGGGAACGCAACAAGAAAGAGAAGGAGCAGGGGGGGGAACAGGGGGACAGGCGGAGGCGGGGGUGGGGGAGGGGGAGGAGGAGGAAGAACAGAAGCCCAAAAGGCGGAGGCUGCUCAUUCCCCCACUGACUGGGGGCGGAGACAUGGGGGGAGGGAACGGGGGGAAGCUAUCGGGGGAGGAGCUAGUGGCGCAGUGGGUGGCGGGGGACAUGGUUCACGUGAGGGCGUUUUUAGAGGAGCAGGAGGAGCAGCCUCCCGAGGGGGAGGUGGAUAGAGUGGCGAGAGAAGGCAUGCUGGCGUGCUUUGAUGACGCCAUUGCUGGCGUGGAGCAAGGGCAGGCGCUCGCAGCAUCGAUUGCCUCGUGGCCUGUCGUGCCACGUGUGCUGGACCCCCAAACCUCUGUCUCCGCCCCUCCGCACCUCCUCCCCUCCUCGCUUCCACCGCUGCCGAUCUCCCUGGGGUGUGGGGGGGCGGGGGGAGGGGAGUGCCUGCGGGUGCUAAGGCAGUGGAGGGGGAUGUAUGAGCGGGAGCUGGGGAGAAUGGGGGAGAGGGGGAAGGGGGAGGGGGGAGAAGGGAGUGGGGGAAGUAUAGGGGGAGGGGGAGGGAUCUCGGUUGGUGGGGCAGUGGGAGGAGAGAGGGGCGAGGGAAGUGGAGGGGCAAGAGAUGGGGAUGGAAUGGCAGGAGGGACUGGUAGGGAAGGGGAUGGGCGUGUUGGUAAUGGUGGUGUUGGCGACACUACGGUUGGAAAUGAUGGUGCUGCUGCGGGUGGCAAUGUGGGCAGUGGGAGCAGAAUUGGUGCUGCUGGCCCCGCACCAGGAGAGGGAGAGAGGAAUCUAGACAAGGGAGAUGGUCGUAGUGGUAACCCUAUCGAUGACUACGAAACUGACAGCUGCUGA